UUACUGUUGGGUCUCAGUCUGAACAAAGCAACACAAACGCCAUUGUCCCCUACUGAAUCCUAACAGAAAUAAGGCCAUACAAUAUGUAUGAUGUGUUGAUUCCAAGGUAGACACCUUAACGUUAACGGGAAUCGGUCCUGUAAAGAACUAGGUGUGAAACCGGCAAACAUCAAUGUCGCCGGCAGCUGGAUUUCGUCUUUCUUCUGUCCUGCGGCUGCCGCUCAACUAUCAAAUUAUAAGAAGUUAUACGUGCUACCUGUAUCUGACGCACAGGUAAUUCACGAGCGUUUGCCUGUGACGUCAGGACAAUUUGAACUCACUUUCCAUUGUCACCUGCCUCAGACGACGGCAGACAGAUAUCACCUUUUCAUAUUGUUGAUGUUUCUACUUACAGAUCUGUCAGCGCAGGGUAACAGGUUCGACUUGGCUAGGCUGUGUGAAGAAGCUGGUUACUGGAAGUACAACAUAGUCACAUCGGUAUCACGUCGGUUUGGCAUUACCCUCCUGAAUGCCAUGAUGGCAGCACUGGUAGCCAUGUGCCUCGUCUUCAUGACAUUUCCUGACAGGGUACCAGGUGAAAACUUCCAGCAAACACUGUUCAGAAAAGACAUGAAUUUUGACGAUAUAACUGUUUCAGAAAAUGUUGUUUUAGAAGCAUCUAAAAUUGAGACAGUCACCUCCUGUGCCAGAUUAUGUGCUGAGCACUCGAAAUGUGAAUCAUUCUUUUACAACCGAGUUCUUCAAGUCUGCAGUGGCCAACCUUCUUCUCUGGACACGACUACUGCUGGCUUCAGUCAACCAGGGUCCAAGUACUUCAAACAAGACUUGGUAAUUCCUGAAAAGGUCAAUGGCAGCUGUUUCCACAAUGCAACUGAGACCGCCAGUAGCAGUGCUGCCGAGGCCGUAUGCGGGCCUGGAAAAAUGUUGAAGCUCGCUGAAGUGGGUAACCCGACGCCACUGGUGACUCGAGAGAUGAUUGUUGACGGGCAUUGCAUGGAGGACAGAUGGAAUAGCGGGACGACUGUGUCCUUCUUCUGCAUCAGACACUGCCUGAUGUAUCCACUCGACUCGACUCAAGAUUGUACCUCCGCUGUCAUACAAUCUCAGUAUGUCUGUCUAUAAAGACGAUACACACUAAAUAUCGAAACAUAUUUAGACUAUUUAUGUCUAUUUUGCUAAUGUCUACUUUCGUCUAAUAUUGCAAAACGAAUAAAACUUUGUGACGAAUCACUUUCAGAUCAAGUUCAAAUCCUGGUAAUAUCAUGGUGUUUUCACUGUGAAUUAAUACUUUUGUUGUUGCGUAUAAUGCUCUUCGUAUGAAAAUAACACGACAGUAUUAUCGCAGGAUGAAUAUUGGAUCCAUUAUCUCUUGACUUUGAUUUGUAAUUAGAACUGCAUAUGCUGUCGUAUCCACAUUCAGAUUUGUUAUCCAAUAACCGACACCGUUCAAUGAGAAGACAGAUAAAUGAUGUCCCCCAAAUGGCCCCCUUUUUUCGCCGCUGAUUACAUUAAUAUGAUUAUGUAAUGAUGGAAAUGUAAUCCAAAUAUGUCAAGUACAUAAUUUAUCCUGAUUAGUUGUGAUAAAUUUUACAUGAUAAUUAUUUCGUUGCUUUUAACUUGCGAAGUAUUAAAAAGUGAAAUCCUAUAGCAAAUCAAACUUUCACUCAGCACUGUGCCAGCAUGCAUGCCCUCACUACCACCAAUCAGUGUAUUACUCCACUUUAAACAUUGUUAGAUAAGUUAAGCUUCUUUUCAGAUCUGACCUGAUCUUGUUUUGAAUACAUAUUCACUUGGUGCAAAAUCUCAUGUAGCUUGGUAUGCGUUGACUGUGUUUCUUCCAUAAGUGUACAGGCGUUUUCAGUCGUCGGAUCACCUUUUUCUUAUUUGUAAGUGUUACUUUAUUGUGUGCGUCUUCAAUUCAUUAUCUAUUCUGAUAUCACUAGAUUAUCGAUACCAUGCACCAAGCAAGUAUUUCGCUGACUGUGGCUUCAUGCAGCAACCAAGCACACGAUAAGAUAGACGAGAGUCAGGACCAAUUAAUUAGAAUGUGUAUGGUCAAUAUGAUGUUCCAGGUUGAGAGCAACAGAUCUAGAUUACUAAUUAUAUUACAAAUACCUCAUUAUACUAAACACUCCAUAAAUAGUUUGAAUGAAUCACAGUAUAUGGUUUGGUUUGCACAGAUAAGCUUUAUAUCCUGUAUUUUUUAAACUGCAAAUUACGGAUAAUUGUUUUAAGGUUCAUUGUGUUCGCUUAACAUUUAGCAUUGUGCCUGUACGUGUUAGAUAGAUGUUACAGUUAGAUAUUUCAUUGUUAUUGUACGUUUGAGAUAGAUGUUACAGUUUAGAUUGUUACUGUACGUUUUAGAUAGAUGUUACAGUUUAGAUCAUUCAUUGUUCCUGUACGUUUUAGAUAGAUGUUACAGUUUAGAUCAUUCAUUGUUACUGUACGUGUUAGAUAGAUGUUACAGUUUAGAUCAUUCAUUGUUCCUGUACCUAUUAGAUAGAUGUUACAGUUUAGAUCAUUCAUUGUUCCUCUACGUAUUAGAUAGAUGUUACAGUUUAGAUAAUUCAUUGUUACUGUACGUUUGAGAUAGGUGUUACAGUUUAGAUUGUUACUGUACGUUUUAGAUAGAUGUUACAGUUUGUUACAGGUUAGAUCAUUCAAUCUUCCUGUACGUUUGAGAUAGAUGUUACAGUUUAGAUUAUUCAUUGUUACUGUACGUUUUAGAGAGAUGUUACAGUUUAUAUCAAUCGUUGUUACUGUACGUUUUAGAUAGCUGUUACAGUUUAGAUCAUUCAUUGUUUCUGUACGCUUGAGAUAGAUGUUACAGUUUAGAUUGUUGCUGUACGUUUGAGAUAGAUGUUACAGUUUAGAUCAUUCAUUGUUGCUGUACGCUUGAGAUAGAUGUUACAGUUUAGAUUGUUACUGUACGUGUUAGAUAGAUGUUACAGUUUUGAUCAUUCAUUGUUACUGUACGUUUUAGAUAGAUGUUACAGUUUAGAUCAUUCAUUGUUCUUGUACGUUUUAGAGAGUUGUUACAGUUUAGAUCAUUCAUUAUUACUGUACGUUUUAGAUAGAUGUUACAGUUUAGAUCAUUAAUUGUUGCUGUACGUGUUAGAGACAUGUUACAGUUUAGAUCAUUCAUUGUUCCUGUACGUUUGAAAUAGGUGUUACAGUUUAGGUCAUUCAUUGUUACUGUACGUUUUAGAUAGAUUUUACAGUUUAGAUUUUACUGAGUCCCGGAAGAGGGUGGAGACUCGUUGUUUGUCAACUUGUAUAGAUAGAGGAUGAAGAGUCCCGGAAGAGGGUGGAGACUCGUUGUUUGUCAACCUGUAUAGAUAGAGGAUGA